AUGUCAACAAUACCUGAACGUCCAGCUAAACGAGCUCGUACCGUUAAAACUGGUCAUGAUCUAGAUUCGGUUGAUUUUGAAACAAGUGAAGAUGUUGAAGUUUCACCAACAUUCGAUCAUAUGGCACUUAAUGAAAAUUUACUACGCGGUAUUUAUUCAUACGGUUUUGAAAAGCCAUCAGCCAUUCAACAACGAUCAAUAAGACCAAUAAUUAAAGGUCGCGAUGUUAUUGCACAGGCACAAUCAGGUACAGGCAAAACUGCCAUGUUUUCAAUUGCUAUGUUACAAAAAUUUGACCCAAACAUUCGUGAAACUCAGGCACUGGUUUUAUCACCCACACGUGAAUUAGCUCAACAAAUACAAAAGGUUGUUUUGGCAAUAGGUGAUUAUAUGAAUGUUCAAUGUCAUGCAUGUAUCGGUGGUACAAAUACAGCUGAAGAUAUGAGAAAGUUAGAUUAUGGACAACAUAUUGUGAGUGGAACUCCAGGAAGAGUCACAGAUAUGAUUAACCGUCGUUCAUUACGUACACGUCAUAUACGUAUGUUAAUAUUAGAUGAAGCUGAUGAAAUGUUAAAUCUCGGUUUUAAAGAACAAAUUUAUGAUGUUUAUCGUCAUUUACCACCAAAUACUCAAGUUGUAUUAGUUAGUGCUACAUUACCACACGAAAUAUUAGAAAUAACAUCAAAAUUUAUGACAGAACCCAUUCGUAUUCUGGUUAAACGUGAUGAAUUGACACUCGAAGGUAUCAAGCAAUUUUUUGUUGCUGUCGAAAGAGAAGAAUGGAAAUUUGAUACAUUGUGUGAUUUAUAUGAUACGUUAACAAUAACACAAGCUGUUAUCUUCUGUAAUACAAAACGUAAAGUCAAUUGGCUAACAGAAAAAAUGCGUGAAGCUAAUUUUACCGUAUCGUCAAUGCAUGGUGAUAUGGAACAAAAAGAACGAGAUGAAAUAAUGAAAGAAUUUCGAGCAGGUGAUACUCGCGUACUGAUAACAACGGAUGUUUGGGCACGUGGUAUUGAUGUACAGCAAGUGUCAUUAGUCAUUAAUUAUGAUUUACCGAAUUCUCGUGAAUUAUAUAUUCAUCGUAUCGGUCGUUCAGGACGAUUUGGAAGAAAAGGCGUUGCUAUUAAUUUUGUUAAAAAUGACGAUAUUCGUAUUCUUCGUGAUAUCGAACAAUAUUACAGCACACAAAUCGAUGAAAUGCCAAUGAAUGUUGCUGAUCUUAUUUAA